AUGGAUUUCUCUAAUUAUUCAGACCUCAGUCCAGCACACAAUGAGUUCAGAAGUGAUACAUUUACGACCCCAACAUUAUCUAUGGUUGCAUCGCUAACGAAGGCUACUUUAGGAGAUUCUGUUUAUAAUGAAGAUGAUUCUACAAUUCAAUUGGAAAAAAAGGUUGCUGACAUGACUGGGAAGGAAGCUGGCCUAUUCUGUGUAAGUGGGACGUUAUCUAAUCAGAUCUGUUUACGUGUUAAUUUAAAACAGCCACCAUAUAGUAUACUAUGCGAUUAUAGGGCCCAUGUAUACGUGAAUGAAGCAGGGGGGAUGGCAACAUUAUGUCAAGCAAUGGCACAACCAAUUAAACCUAAGAAUGGUAUUUAUUUGACUUUAGAAGACGAUAUAUUGCCAAACUUCAUUCCGGACGAUGGAGAAAUUCAUGGGGCUCCAACUAAGCUUAUCUCCUUAGAGAAUACUUUACAUGGUAUGCUUUUCCCCAUUGAAGAGAUUGCUAAAAUAUCCAAAUUUUGCAAAAAUAACGAUGUCAAGCUUCACUUAGAUGGUGCCAGAUUAUGGAAUGCAUCAAUUGCCACAGGGAUUUCUUUAAAAGAGUAUUGUUCGUAUUUUGAUUCUGUUUCCUUAUGUCUUUCAAAGAGUUUGGGGGCACCUAUCGGUACAGUAUUAAUUGCCGAUAAAAAUUUUGUUAAGAAGGCCAAUCACUUCAAGAAGCAAAGUGGUGGAGGAAUUAGACAAUCGGGUCUCUUGGCUACUAUGGCUAUGACCGCUAUUGACGAAAACUUUGGAAAGAUACAAAGGUCCCAUGAUAUGGCUAAAGAAUUAGGCAAACUAUGUGAAGAAAAUGGAAUUGUCUUAGAACACCCAGUUGACACUAAUUUUGUCUUUAUCGACUUUGCUAAAAACAAAAUGAGUUCUGACGUUCUAACUAAAUUACUGAAAGAAAACGGUAUCAAGCUAUAUGCUGGCAGAGUUGCUUUCCACUACCAGGUAUCUCUGGAAAGCUUUGAAAAAUGCAAAAAAGUAGUACUCGAAUGUUAUAAAGAUUCACUACAAAACCCUUACAUUGGUAAGUCAUCUUCCUCGUAUUACCAAGCCAAGUAA